ACGAUUGAACGUCAUCAAAACAAACAGGACUGAGUAGGGAGAGCCGACAUCGAAGAGGUUACAGACACGAUGGCGGACUCUGAUUCAGAUAGAGAUGGAGAAGGAGGCCAACCCAUGCCUCCUGCCGAGCCGGCAGAGCCUCCAGAGCAGCCGUCUUGCCUGGUACCGGAGCUUCUCUGCGAGUACCUCAAGAUACCAAAGUCUCCUACUGAAGUGACGCUCAUGCUGAAGGUGAGGGCAGUGGCACAGGCCACCGAGGACAGGAGAGCCCCGAUCACCAUCUGCGCCGUCAUCGACAGGAGCGGGAGCAUGAAGAAGCAUCUCCCUCUGUUGAAGGAGACGCUGCAGUUCAUGGUGCAGCAACUGAGAAGCAGCGACAAGCUCGGCGUUGUCACCUUUGAUCACGAGGUGAAGACUGAGCUACCUCUGACAGCCAUGACCACGUCAGGGAAACUGCUGGCAGAGAGGGCCAUCGAUGGAGUAAAAGAGAGAGGACACACCAACCUCAGUGGUGGGCUGCUUGCUGCACUGGAGGCUCUCUACAGGAUACCAGAAAAUGAGGCCUCACAAGUGGAAUCAGUUCUCCUGUUCACUGAUGGGAAGGCAAACGUUGGGAUAAAGGCACAAGCUCCUCUAGUCAAGGCAACAAGUUCAAUGCUGGACCAGAUAGGUCGGCAGGCCAAUGUGUUCACAUUCGGCUAUGGAGGAGAGCACGAUGCGGAUCUCCUCAGAGCAGUCAGCGAGGCUGGUCACGGACUCUUUUACUACAUUGACAAUGCCGACAGCAUCCCCGAGAGCUUCUGCGACUGCCUAGGGGGUCUGCUUAGUGUGUCAGCCCAGAAUGUGAGGCUAUUGUUCAGAGCUGCUGAGAGGAUGAAACUCCACAAGCCACUGACAACCUAUUCCACAACGGAGAUGGAGCAGCACACAGAGUACCAAGUCACCAUCCCCGACAUCUACUGCGAGGAGGAGAAGUGUAUUCUGGUGAAGGUGACAACCCCUGGACGUGACUCCAUGAGCGAGUCGGAGAACCUCGCCCUCUCCUCCUGCACCGUCACUUACUUUGACGUCCUCAACUCGUGCCCGGUGCAGCACAGAGUGGAAUGCAGCGUGGUUCUCAACCCCGCCAUCUCCUGUCCCGUCACUUCAGACUGCGUGGACGACGUGGAGCAACACCGACUCCGCUGCGAGGUAGCCGAGGCUCUCGGGAAAGCCAACAAAAUGGCCGACAGUGGGAACUUUGCCGGAGCUCGAGGCCUGCUACAGGGGACGGUGAAACGAGUGAGAGGGAGUCGAGUCUCCCGGCAAGUUCUGGCCGUUCACCUGUUAGAAACUCUCCAGGAAUCACUGGAGGGGAUCCAGGACAAGGUGACGUUUGCCCAGCACGGGAAGGCCGUCAUACUGAGCUACGCCGGGAGCCACUGGCAGCAGAGGUCCAACACAAAACCGUCCCAGGAGGGCUACGUGAGACGGAGGACCGAGAUGGCCCCCACUGGACUCCUGUCAGCCAAGUCAGCUGCCUCCUCUGCACCCUCCUCUACCAACUCCUACAGUCCCUACCGCAACUCACACAAGACUACACUACUCUCUCACUACGCAGCUACCAAAAAAUGAUUUAUUUAUUAUUUUAUUUUUACUCCAAUUUUAGCUUGCAUCACUCAUCACUGUUUAUAAAAAAGAAAAAAGGAAAAAAAAAUUGUGUUGUAUAUACACCAGCAAAAUUUGAUGUUUUUUAAUCACUGUAUAUACAAUGACAGUUACGUGACCUGUAAUAAGUGAUUGUUGCCUUAAAUUUGUUCUCCAUUUCGUGGAGGAAAUCACUGUUGAGUUCAUUCGUAGCUUCAUAUACGAUUUACGCUCUCAAGGGUUUUGUUUUCAUCCCCAGCUGUAAUCUCUAUCGGAUACUGAUCCACAACUGGCUAUAUCACUCAAUCUAUUAUGAAUUAUGUAAUCACAGAGUCAGAAUAAGGGGUCAACUUUUGAUUUGUUACAGGUAGUGCUUUUGAAUAGCAUGAAUAAAAUCUGACUCUGUGAUAUACAUAGCUCAUAAGUGUUCGAGUGAUUUAACUUGUGGGUGCGGUUGUAGACAGUGUCGGUGAAGUUGGAUGAAGAGCAUAUAAACCUUCUGGAAACACGAUCUUCCCACUAGCUUGAAAUGUUGUUCAAAGCUCUCCACUAGGAUGCUGGCUGCUCCAAGCAGGUGCAGCACCUGUAGAUUCUCAGCUGUGGACUGUUUUGAUUGGCCUACCGAGUUUUGAUACUGACUGGCAGAGAUCUCGAGGGCCUUGUAGCAAGUGGUCAGAGCCAUCACCUUGUCAAAGUCAGACAUCAUGUCUUUCCACACGGCUGCUGAGAUGAAACGCGGGAUGUACACAAAGUCAAUGUCGGUUUCUUCGUCGGUGGAAGAAUUUGGGUAGUUGGGGUGAUAGAUGAGGGGUUUGGGGUAGUCUUUGAGCAUCUUGGUAUCUCUGAGUUUGUUGUGGAGAGUGCUGGCGAGGUGGGACUGGUGCGCGGCCUUGGUGAUGAUGGUGGCAACCUCUGUGACGUAGGAGGCCGGGAUGGGGCAGCAGUUGAAGCUGGAGAGACAGA